GGAAAAGAAAUACAAACCAAACCCUGUUGGCCUAUUCGCCCCAUCCAAAUCUCAUCUUCUCACUACGCCUCAGCAGUUAGAGAGAGAGAGAGAGAGGGCGUUAGGGCUUCGAUCGACAGAGAGAGAGAGAGAGAGAAGCGAACGAGAAGCUCGAGAUGUCGAUGGCGUCGAAGAAGAUCACUCUAAAGAGCUCCGACGGAGAAGCCUUCGAGGUGGAGGAAGUGGUGGCCUUGGAGUCUCAGACGAUCAAGCACAUGAUCGAGGACGACUGCGCCGACAGCGUCAUCCCGCUCCCCAACGUCACCAGCAAGAUCCUGGCCAAGGUGAUCGAGUACUGCAAGAAGCACGUUGAGACUCCCAAGACCGAAGAUCGAUCCGCUGAGGAAGAGCUCAAGACCUGGGACGCUGAGUUCGUCAAAGUCGAGCAGCCUGUCCUGUUCGAUCUCAUUCUGGCUGCAAACUACCUGAAUAUCAAGAGCCUGCUGGAUUUGACAUGCCAGACAGUUGCGGACAUGAUAAAAGGGAAGACUCCUGAGGAAAUUCGCAAGACCUUCAACAUCAGGAAUGACUUCACUCCUGAAGAGGAGGAAGAGGUCCGUAGGGAGAAUCAGUGGGCAUUUGAGUAAGAAAUUGGUAGUAUGGUGAAGGCAAACUUGCAAACAAUUGGUAACGUAAAGAUAUGGUGGAUAUUAAAGACUUUGGCUGUCUCUGUUUAACUACUCUACCACCUAUUUUCAAGUCUUCGAACGUGGAAGCUCUUUAAAAUGUAAAUAACAGCUGAAUUCCAGUGGUUUUAUGGGUGGUGAUUGAGACUUUGAACCGCUUGCAAUUCCACCAUUGUUUCUGUCA